UUACAGUAACCUCCCUUGAAGUAGUUUCUAGUUCUCGAAGGAUACUCAAACGUACGCUGAAAAUGCACAACGAUAUUCUAGGUCAUAUCACUAAGUUUGGAAAAAGUGGGGAGAUUAUUCGUUCAGCUUGCAGAAAAUGCGGAUACGCGGGCCAUCUAACCUACCAGUGUCGAAACUUCAUCAGAGCAGAUCCAAACAAAGACGUAGUUCUUGAUGUUAGCAGUACCAGCUCAGACUCUGAUGAGGAUUUUAUUUCCCCUUUGUCAAAACUUAAUCAAGAGGAGGAAGCUAAAAAAAUACGCAAAUCCAGUCAGGAAAGAAAGGAAAAGAAAAAGUCCAAAAGCAAGCACAAGAGGAGUCGGUCACGUUCAAGAUCUCCAGACAGAAAAAAGGAGUCAAAGCAGAAACACAAGCAUAAGAAAAGAAAGAGAAAGCAUCAUGAUUCAGAAUCUGGAGAUAAGUCAAACAAUGUUAGUGACUCAGAAAUCUCGGACACAUCAUCCUCUGACUCGCACAGAAAAAGACAUAAGCACAAAAAGAUCACAAAGAAAAAGAGAGACAAGUCAAGUGAUGAAACCAGUAGUGAGUAAGAUAACAAUUGGUGUGUGUUUGUGGAACAGUAGGGAUCAAUAUCCUUAUUGUAAAUGAGUGUCCUUUCCCUAAUGUCAUGGCUGCUAUCAGACUUUAUCUUUGAGUACAAUGUAGUAUAUUUUGCUGGAAAAAAGAGCAAGGACUCCUUAAAGGCAUCAUUGUAAUGAGGAACUUCUUCUAGCAUGUUCCCAAUACCAGGAUUUCGCUGUCAGACUAAAGACACAAAAAUAAAAUACAGGAUGGUGAUACAUAGAAUCCAGAGGGGUCUUACAUUAAGUUUAAAACCUGGUUUUAAAAAAGUGCUGCGGAAGCUACGGUGAUCUGGCAUGUGCUCGUAUUAUCAUAUUUGCGUUAAAGUUUCUAGGAAAUUAUUCCAAAAGGAAAAUGUGUUUUCUGUGUACAUUCCCUUUUCUGGGGAGAUUUUUACCUAAGUACAGUAACCUGAAAUAUGGUCCAGGGUGUUGAAGGGUGUUGCAUUUGCAAGCUUAUUUUUGCCACCUGAGGUGUAUAUUCAGUGAUUUAACCUUUGGUAGUUUCUGUUUGGGUGAAGAAAUACUUAAGAAACAAUUACUUCCUUUGUUUGAUCACUUUGAAUAUGACUAGCAUAUGAAUGGAUGAGUCGUAUGAGCACUAUUAUCUAGUUAUCUAGAAAUAAUAGCUGAUGUAUUUUUUGAACAGACCAUUUACAACAUUUCAGCUAAGCAUUAGUUUGUUUGCAAGUCUUAAUACAGUUUUCUGUUCUUGUGACCAGCAGUAAAGUUUUUUUUAAAAAAGCA